CUGAGUUCAAUAUUAUCCAAACCAAAAAUGAGUUCGUUUUUGUUUCCUUCUUCUUCUCCGUUUCCCAAAUCUCAUUGGCGCGCGAACUCAAUCCCUAGACCAAAUCGCCCGACUACACUCUCUCUUCUCCAUGGAAACUCAUAUUCAUGGAGAUUAUCAUGUAAACUUAGUCUCGAUUUCGAGGAAAGCGUGGAGGAAGAUGAAAUCAUCCCUCAGCUUCUCGAUUUCUCUGCCGAGGAGGAGGAGCCAAGUCUCGAGGAAGAGACGGUUUCUGCUCCAACUACGACGCUGAUGCAAAGGAAGAAGAAGAGAGGAGAUGAAGAGAGCUUAGAAGAUAGAUUCAAGCUCAGAAAUGGAAAGGAGGUUUUUGAGGAGAAGGCGUAUCUAGUGGGGGUUGAAAGAAAGGGUGAUGGAGAAUGUUUGUUUGAUAUAGAGGAGUCUCUAGAGGAGUUAGAGCAGCUUGCUGAUACUGCUGGUCUUAUGGUCGUUGGUUCUACCUAUCAAAAGCUAGCUUCCCCAAAUCCUAGAACUUACAUUGGAUCCGGAAAGGUCUCAGAGAUUAAAAGCGCUAUUAAUGCACUGGACGUUGAGACUGUUAUCUUUGACGAUGAACUUUCACCAGGGCAAUUGCGUAACCUGGAAAAGGCCUUUGGUGGGGAUGUUCGAGUUUGUGACCGUACCGCACUUAUCUUGGAUAUUUUCAACCAAAGAGCCGCAACUCAUGAAGCAGCCUUGCAGGUUGCUCUAGCACAGAUGGAGUACCAGUUACCACGGUUGACUAGAAUGUGGACUCAUCUUGAGCGUCAAUCAGGUGGCCAAGUUAAGGGUAUGGGAGAAAAACAAAUUGAAGUUGAUAAGCGUAUCUUGCGUACUCAAAUUGGAGUUCUCAAAAAAGAGUUGGAAUCUGUUAGAAAGCAUAGAAAGCAGUAUAGAACCCGGCGUGUUGCUAUACCUGUUCCUGUUGUAUCUUUGGUUGGUUACACAAACGCUGGAAAGAGUACACUUUUGAACCAAUUGACUGGUGCUAAUGUUCUCGCUGAAAAUCGUUUGUUUGCGACCCUUGAUCCAACUACGAGAAGGGUUCAGAUGCACAACGGGAAGGAGUUUCUUCUCACAGAUACUGUUGGUUUUAUUCAAAAGUUACCAACCACCUUGGUUGCUGCUUUCAGGGCAACACUCGAAGAGAUAUCAGAGUCAUCCCUUUUGGUGCAAGUUGUUGACAUCAGCCACCCGCUGGCAAAUCAACAAAUAGAAGCUGUAGAAAAAGUCAUGUCUGAACUCGAUGUUUCAUCAAUCCCAAAAUUGGUUGUGUGGAAUAAGGUUGAUAGAGUGGAUGAUCCUCAAAAGAUCAAGCAGGAAGCAGAGGAACAUGGGGAUGUAAUUUGUAUAUCUGCUCUGACUGGAGAAGGGCUAGACAAAUUCUGCAAUGCUGUUCAUGAGAAGCUCAAGGAUUCAAUGGUUUGGGUUGAAGCCCUUUUGCCAUUUGAUAAAGGGGACCUUCUAAGCACCAUACACAAGGUUGGAAUGGUGAAAGAAGCUGUAUACACAGAGAACGGGACGCUUAUCAGGGCACACGUUCCCCUUCGUUUUGCACAACUGCUUAAACCUAUGAGACACUUGGUCAAAGAUGCGUCCAUAAGAACCUGAAGGCCUGUCUUUUCUUCGGAAUUGUAGUAGACCACAUAUGGUUGGCCAAAAGAACCAGAAAGCACAACAAGUUCUAACAACACCCUGAACAUAAACCAUAAAGAGACAGUAAGGAAUAUUCAUCAAUAAAAAAGAAUGUGGAUAUACACUUGUGUAACACAAGCGGUAUAAGCUUGAACCUUACUUGACAUCGUGAACGGGUACCACCCUUUUGUUGUACAGAGAGCAUAUCAACACUUACAAUGACUCAGAAAAAAAAAAUUCCAUCCAACGGCUAUGCUGCCGGCUUGGUUUCUAGAUUAUAUUAUCCACACCAAAACAGUUUACACAACAGCACAAAGCAGCUAUAAAGCCAUGAGAUCAUUUCUACCUAUAAUUAUAAACAAGCAGGUCUACUACAAGCUGCUCAAUCAUCUUCCGCAGUGAAAUCAGGCUCAGGAGGCUUCUGCAGCUUUACCAAUUCCCUAAUCCUUGUGUUCCGGUUCCUGUGUACGGUGCGCAUAGCACUAGCCGCAAACUUCGUGACAAGAAAUGCAGCCCCCAUAGAGGAUGAAGUUCCACUGGUUGAGAUGGGCAACGCUUCAGCCUCUGCCUCUUCCAUCUUCUUCCUCUUGCAGUAUCUUCGCCACGCAGCUUGGAUAAAGCAAGCAGCCCAAGUCCUCCAUUGGUGAGAGUAAAACCUGAAUGUGUGUUGCACUUGCCUGCUAUGUAGACGCCUGAACUGGCUUGCUACAAACUUCAGUUCCUCUGAGGUCAGCGC